AUGACGGUCUCAUCAAUACUCUCGCUGUUUUUAGCGAUUGCGGUCUCACUAUGGGGCUCGCCAACCUUAGCUUCCUCAGAUUACCAUGAACAACUCUUCCUCGAGCCCCUCCCGCAGUCUUCACUCCUAGCUUCGUUCAACUUCCGGGGUAAUACAUCGCAACAAUCGUUCGACAACCAGCACUUCCAAUACUUCCCAAGGGCACUCGGUCAGAUCCUCCAACACGCGCACACCAAGGAGCUUCAUUUACGGUUCACCACUGGUCGAUGGGACGCAGACAGCUGGGGCUCACGGCCAUGGAAUGGCAGUAAAGAAGGAGGCACCGGGGUGGAGCUUUGGGCAUGGAUUGAUGCGUCGGAUGACGAAGAGGCAUUCGCAAAAUGGAUCACCUUGACACAAUCAUUGUCCGGACUCUUCUGCGCAUCGUUGAACUUUAUCGACUCGACUCGGACAACACGCCCUGUUGUGUCCUUCGAACCUACGGGCAACCAUCGGAAUGCCUCUUCACUACACCUCCUUCACGGAACUCUUCCUGGAGAAGUGGUUUGCACUGAAAACCUCACGCCAUUUUUGAAACUACUUCCUUGCAAGGGUAAAAUUGGAAUAUCCACUCUUUUCGAUGGUCAUAAACUGUUUGAUGCAGCAUGGCAAAGUAUGUCUGUUGAUGUGCACCCUAUUUGCUCCAGCGAUGGGGAUUGCAUUGUCCAAAUUGAGCAGACAGUUGAUAUGGUUCUCGACAUUGAACGAUCGAAGCGAACUCGUGAUAACCCGAUCCCUCGUCCAAUUCCUCAUGAACAACUCAUCUGUGAUACUUCUAAACCAUACACUUCGGAGGAUACGUGCUACCCUCUGGAAAAAUCAACUGACAUGGCAUGGAGUUUGAACGAAGUUUUUGGAAGAACCCUGAAUGGCAUCUGUCCUCUUGCAGACUCUAACGAGCUUUCUGUCUGCCUGCGCGUGCCUCAUGAGAAAAAUGUCUUUACUUCCGAGGGCGCGUCUGAAUUAAAGCAGGACGAUGGUUUCACUCGAUGCUUUUCUUUAGCAGAAACCGAACCCUUUGACCUCUCCAUCCCAGAGCAGGAAGUCCACACAAAACUUCCCCUGGAUGAGCCAAUUCUUCAUGCAGAGAGAACGAUUGUUGGACAUGGCCAGGAGCGAGGUGGCAUGCGAAUCAUCUUCGGCAACCCCUCUCAAACAAACGCAGUUGACUUUAUUUACUUCGAGUCACUUCCAUGGUACUUACGCCCUUAUAUCCACACUCUACAAGCUACCAUUACUGGACCGGACGGAGUUCGACGGGAAAUUCCAGCCAGUGACAUUGUAACCGAGACCUUCUAUCGACCCGCCAUCGAUCGUGAGCGGGGAACUCAGCUAGAGCUCGCUCUAUCCGUCCCCGCAGCUUCUACCGUCACUCUCACAUACGAUUUUGAAAAAGCCGUUCUGCGCUACACCGAGUACCCGCCAGAUGCCAACCGUGGAUUUAAUGUCGCUCCGGCUGUUAUUCGUGUGUUGGACGGUGAAAGUGCUCAACCAAUUUAUAUCCGGACCACAAGUCUUCUCCUUCCACUGCCAACACCCGAUUUCAGCAUGCCAUAUAAUGUAAUCAUCCUCACAAGUACUGUGAUUGCACUCGCAUUUGGUACUCUCUUCAAUAUACUGGUGCGGCGGGUGGUUUUGGUAGAAGAGGCAGAUGCUCUGAAGGCUCAAACCUUCAAGGCUCGACUUGUAGGCAAGGUAGUGGCGCUCCGAGAUCGUUUCCGCAAAAAGGAUACCAAGGUGGAGUGA